UUGGCGUUUUGCUGCCGAAGAGGCAACAGCUCUGCGCGGAAUUCGGAGCAGCCGAAAGACAUAACUUUCACAAACUUUAUACGUUUGCGGCGCCAUGCCGCUUUUACAUCGGGACACAUCCCGCGGUGGCGGCGGUUCCCAGGAGAACCGCCGCUCGUUGGCAGAGAUCUUGAGCUUCGAUGCGUCUCAAUUCGCAGACGAAGCCGCCGCGCCGAAGACUAAUCGCACUAACGGCCAGGACGGCGACGGCUGGCGCUGGGAGUCUCCGCGCAGCCCGGAGGCCGCGCAGACGCCGCGCUCGCUGGUGCCGGCCGCGUGCUUCCCGCCGCGCCACCCCUCCGCCUUCGGCAGCUUCAGUGAGCGCGCCCGGCCCGGCAGCUGGGGACACGACAACUACGAGCAGGGACUCACAGACCUCGUGGCCUCCUUCAAGGCCCUAGCCGCGCCGGCCGCGCCGCCGCAAGCCGCGCGCAGGAACCACUCGUUCCAGACCCGGCUCAGCUGCGAGCUAUUGAUGGAGUCUUCCUGGCCGCCCGAAGGCGCAAAUUCCCAGUCUCAAGAAGAGAAACGCGCGCUAUCCCGCCGCGCAUCGUUCUGCGGCGCGGCGGGCAGCAGCCAGUCGCUGCUGGUGUGGAGCGGCGCGCUGCCGCCGCGCUGCAUGGACAACAACCCCAGCGGCGGCUUCUCCGCCAAGGUGUUCCUGGGCGGCCUGCCCUGGGACAUCAGCGAGGAGGCGCUGUUGUACGCGCUGCGCCAGUUCCAGCCCGUGCGCGUGGAGUGGCCGGGGCGCGACGCGGCGCCGCGCGGCUUCGCGUACGUGACGCUGGAGAGCGAGCGCCGCGUGCGCGCGCUGCUGGCCGCCUCGCGCCGCGACGCCUGCAAGUGGCUGUACCGCGUCACGUCGCGCAACCUGCGCACCAAGGACGCAGAAGUGAUCCCCUGGGCGGUGGCGGACUCCAACUGGGUGGUGCCGGGCGGCGAGGCGGGCGCGGCGCGCUCCGUGCGGCUGGAGCCCACGCGCACGGUGUUCGUGGGCGCGCUGCACGGCAUCCUGUCGGCGUCCGCGCUCGCCACCAUCAUGAACGACCUGUUCUCUGGCGUCGUGUACGCAGGGAUCGACACGGACAAGAACAAGUACCCCAUCGGCUCGGGGCGCGUGACCUUCAACAACGUGCGCUCUUACGUGCGCGCCAUCUCCGCCGCCUAUGUCGAGAUACGCACCGACAAGUUCACCAAGAAGAUCCAAGUCGACCCAUAUUUGGAAGAUUCGAUGUGCUCAGUGUGCAACUUGCAGCAGGGCCCGUACUUCUGCCGGGAGCCGGUCUGCUUUCGAUACUUUUGCCGCUCGUGCUGGGCGUGGCAGCACUCGUCGGAUAACCAUAAGGCGCUCAUGCGCAACUCAAAGAGCGUCAACGUGCCGCUCUCCAGCGUCGGCAACGGCACCAACGGCAACGGUAGCAAUACCGGCAGCAGCGGCAGCAAUGGCGGCCAGCGGCAGUCCGUCAGCGAACAGAGCCUGUGCAAUGGCAGCUUCACACAGGCCAAUGAUGCGACCCCGUCCCCGCCCGCCAGCGCCUCGGGCGGCGGCGAGGCGGACUGCCUCGGGGACGAGCCUGCGCUGGAGUGGCAGCACUAGCCACGCCCGUCGGCAGUCCGUGCGACGUGCGGAAGCUCGCAGAGAUCCCACUGAACUUAACUCUUAAACCUCGAAGCAUGGAAAUGUGACAAAAUUUUCGAAACUGGAGAACUCUUGUGGGAGACGCGACAAAUUUAUCUGGAAGGUUGUGAGAAGAUUCCGAAAACCUUCGGAAACGUGGUGUUUGCGAAAAAUCUAGGACUUAUCUUACUACCGAUAAAUAUUGGAAGUUCAAAAAAUAUGGUGGGAAAGUUCGCACGCACGUAGACUGCUCGCUCGUUGGUCCGUAACCGUAGUGGUGUUUGUCGAGCCGCUAUUAAGUUGGGCGCUUCGUCAGCUUUUAAUCGUAGUGUCAAUCGAUUUUAAUUUGAUUUGUCGAUUCAAUUGUUUGUUUUCUUCUAAUCGUUCAGAAUUUUUUCAUUUAUUUUGUAUUUUUAUAAAUACUUGUAUAUAAAGUAUUUUUAAAUUAUGUAUUGUUACUUUUAACAUAUUUUGUAUACUCUCCUUUAUAAUUUUGUGUGCAAAUAAAUAUUGACUUAAUUUCGAGCCUUGAGCGGAAGUGUUAAAGCUUAAAAUGGUUAACUUGAAUACUUUCACUCAGGGCUGUAUAUAUGUAUAAUUGACUGAUUUAGUGUUAAGAUUAUUUAAUGUAAAAAUUUAGAUUUGUGAAAUCAGAGCCACUAUUUUUCAAAUAGGCUGAAAUCCGUAUACUAUAGUAACCUGUGCCUAACGUUAGAAAAAUUUUAACCAUUUUGAAGGUGCCUUUAGUUUAGGCUGUCCAGAAUUAUAUAACUUUUAAACGUUUUAAAUGAAAGGCUUUUAAAUGUAAUCCAAAGUGAAUUUUAUAGUGUUUUAGUAAGAUUUAUAAAAUUGUAAAAUUACAGUAUAAAAUGCU